UUUUUUUUUCCUAAAAAGAAAAAGGAUUCAGCAUUCAAAUAACCAAUUUAAUAAAAAAAAGAAUAAUUUCCUUUUCAUAUCUAAAGGAAACAACAACAAAAGAAAAAUUAAGUUGACAAAACAAACAUAGUAGUUUUGAUGCUUAACACCAUUGAGACAAGUCUUCACAGUCUUUGUUACAAAAUAAAGGAAGGAGAGAUCACCUUCAGAACAAUGAGCUUCAAGAAAGGAAGAAAUUUCGAUGACUUGUAUAAACCUGAUGAGUUGGAUAAGGUUAUCACAGAAGAAUCUACAUGCUCAAAGAGAAGGAAAGUGGGAAAUCUGAAGCUGCAAACCACAUUCUCAUUCAAAUAUCUAGUUUCAGAUAAUUCUGGUUCAAAGAAGGAGGAAGUUGAUGACUUGUUCAACAAACAAAGCCCCACAAUCUUGUUUCCAAAACCAGAAACUUGGUUUUCACCAAAGUCCAUUGGCGAGCUUGAUGUUGCUGCAAUAAAGCUGCAGAAGGUUUACAAGAGCUACAGAACUAGAAGAAACUUAGCAGAUUGUGCAGUUGUUUGUGAGGAGCUAUGGUGGAAGGCUUUAGAUUAUGCUGCUCUUAGCCGGUGCUCUAUAUCAUAUUUUGAUUCUGUCAAAUCAGAAACAGCUAUUUCAAAAUGGGCAAGAGCUAGGACGAAGGCUGCUAAGGUAGGAAAAGGUUUGUGCAAAGAUGAUAAGGCGCAGAAAUUAGCUCUAAGGCACUGGCUUGAAGCUAUUGAUCCUCGUCACCGUUAUGGGCACAACCUGCACUUAUACUAUGCUGUUUGGUUUCAUAGCCAGAGUUCACAACCUUUUUUCUACUGGUUGGAUGUUGGAGAUGGAAAAGAAAUAAAUCUUGAGGAGUGCCCAAAAAGCGAAUUACAGAGGCAAUGCAUAAAGUACCUUGGACCCAAACAAAGGGAAGCAUAUGAAGUAAUUGUGGAGGGAGGAAGGCUUAUUUAUAGAAAAAGCCAGGACCUUGUACACACUACUGAAGGAUCUAAGUGGAUUUUUGUUCUUAGCUCAUCUAGAAUUUUGUACGUUGGGGAGAAGAAGAAAGGCCAGUUUCAACACUCAAGUUUUCUAGCUGGGGGUGCUACUAUUGCAUCUGGAAGAUUGGUUGCCCAAAAUGGAGUUCUUGAUGCUAUAUGGCCCUAUAGCGGUCAUUACUGUCCUACAAAGAAGAACUUUAUGGAAUUCAUUGGCUUCUUGAUGGAAAAUAAUGUGGACUUGACAAAUGUAAAGAAUUAUGCAAUUGAUGAUGAUGUCCCACCUACUAAUCCUGUUGAAGAGAAGCAGCAACUUGAGCUCACAGUGGCUACUGCUGGUUCCAGUGAUUCUGCCACUGCCAAUAAUUGUAAUCAACUUAAUGUGGGUCAUUUUGGUGCCAAUGUGGAAACUUCACAACUUAAAGAGAAAAAACCAUUAUCAAGCAAAUGGACUACUGGAGCAGGCCCUAGGAUUGGUUGUGUGAGAGAGUACCCUGCAAAACUCCAAGUCAAGGCACUUGAACAACUCAAUCUAUCACCAAGAGUCAACCUUGGAAAAGUUGCUGCCAGGGCACCAAUACCCUCCCCUAGACCUAGUCCAAAGAUACACCUGUCCCCUAGGCUUGUGCAUAUGGGAAUUCCUAGCCCAAGAGUACAUGUUACUCCAGCAAAUUAGUUUGCCCAAAAUCACAUACCUAUUCAGGGUAUGUGUUCAAUAUUUGAGCAAUUAAGGUAAAUAAGGUGCGUAGGCAUAGGCACUCCUUUUAAUUUUGACUAUUAGUACAGAACUUAGAAUAAAGGUCACAAUACAAAGGAUCUAACCCAAGAUUUAUUUUUUCAUUUUAAGUUUUUUCUUGGCCAAUUCUUUUGGUCAUUUAGCUUCUGAUGAAU